AUGUCUCAACCUAUCCAACGUGCUGCAGCACGCUCAUUUCUUCAAAAAUACAUUAAUAAAGAAACUUUGAAAUAUAUCUUCACGACACACUUCUGGGGACCCGUUUCAAAUUUUGGUAUCCCGAUUGCUGCCAUAUAUGAUCUGAAAAAAGAUCCUACGCUAAUCUCAGGCCCGAUGACCUUCGCUUUAGUUACCUAUUCAGGCGUCUUUAUGAAAUACGCUCUUGCAGUAUCACCUAAAAACUACUUACUUUUUGGAUGUCACCUUAUCAAUGAAACUGCACAAUUAGCGCAAGGCUAUAGAUUUCUCAAGUAUACAUAUUUUACAACAGAUGAAGAGAAAAAGGCUCUAGAUAAGGAAUGGAAAGAGAAAGAGAAGGCUGGUAAACAAUAA